AUGGCAGGUUUUAUACAGAAAGGUAUCAAGAACGUCCUCCAAAAGAAUCCACACGAUGUAGUCUUCCUCUCCGCGCUUCGAACACCAGUCACAAGAGCGAAGAAGGGAGGUCUGCGAGAUGCGUACGAUCAUGAGUUGCUGGGUGCUGUCCUGAAAGCAACAAUAUCCAAAUUCCCUAACCUCGACCCCACGAAAAUAGACGAUGUAUGCAUCGGUACCGUCCUCGCCGAGCUCGGGGGAUCAAAGGCAGGCCGUAUGGCGGCGAACCACGUUGGCGUUCCCACUACAACCUCCUUCAGCACCGUGAACCGAGCAUGCGCAUCCGGUCUCUCGGCCAUAACUUCGAUCGCGAACUCGAUCGCUGUCGGACAAAUAGAUAUUGGAAUCGCGGGCGGCAUGGAGAGUAUGACACGGAACUACGGAAGUCGAGCUAUACCCACAGAGCUGUGGCCAGAAUUGAAGGACAGCCCAGUCAAGGAGGCGAGGGACUGCAUAAUGAAUAUGGGCAUCACAUCUGAAAACGUCGCGGAACGCUAUGGUGUGAGCAGAGCGGACCAAGAUGCUUUUGCCGCGCAAUCACAGCGUAGGGCAGCGGAGGCGCAAGCCGCCGGCCGAUUCGACGAGGAAAUCGUACCUGUAACCACACGCUGGAUCGAGCCCGAAACACCCGAGAGCGUCAAGGAAGUCACAGUCACAAAGGAUGACGGGAUUCGCGCAAACACCACAGUCGAGAAGCUGGCUUCUAUGAAGCCCGCGUUCAAGACAGACGGAACCAGCACGGCAGGAAACAGCAGCCAAGUCUCCGACGGCGCCUCCGCAGCCCUAAUGAUGCGCCGUUCGACCGCCACUGCCCUCGGCCUCGAAAAACAUAUAAUCGGAAAGUGGGCGGGAACCCAGGUUGCCGGAUGUCAGCCCGAUGAAAUGGGUAUUGGGCCUGCCAUCGCCAUCCCUAAACUGCUCUCCUACGCUGGCAUUGAAACAUCUGACGUCAACGUGUGGGAAAUCAACGAGGCGUUUGCGAGUCAGUCGCUGUACUGCAUAAGAAAGCUAGGCUUGGAGGGCAAGAUGGACAAGGUCAAUCCCAACGGAGGAGCUAUUGCGCUGGGUCAUCCGUUAGGUGCUACGUCCGGUCGCAUGCUGGCGACGUUGCUGAGCGAGAUGGGGAGGAGUGGUGAGCAGGUUGGUGUGUUGAGUAAGUGUAUUGGAACGGGAAUGGGAAUGGCUAGCUUGAUUGUUAGGGAGUAG